AUGUGUGGUCCAUCCAGGGUUUAUGGACAUCCCCAUUCGUGCUCCGACGUGAGUGAUGCCUUGGCCUCGGCUUCUUCUGCUCAGGCACAGACUACUGUUCUGAGAAGUAUAGCAGGUCCUCCUGGUUUCCAUACUUCGCGCGUCGUUUGGCCCGUCAGUAGGACUCUUCGCGACAGUCUGGGGUUAUAUGAUGGUGUCGUAUAUACUGGAUGCAAUGGGAUAGGCUGCUUGGACCUCAUGGAUGAGGUGGCCACGAUCAACCGUGUUUGUUGUGAAGGCUUCAAGUCCGUUGGAUGCAAGGCCGGUUCUGGUCGAGAUCCCGGGCUGCCAGAGAUAUAUACUUUAUUGAAAGAACAACUUCUUCGAAGACGUAAUUGA